AUGGCCCAUAAAAAGAAGACAACGUCUUCAAAAUCGGGAAGUGUGAAGCCCUCAUCUGAACAACAGACCACUGAAACUACCCCAGAUUUAUUUAUCGAAAAAGGUCCAGUAAGACCGUACAUCGUCACAGAACCACCAAAGGAACUUACCGCCUCUCGUACCAUCACAACAAUGAAGGAAAAACUAAUGUUAUUAGCAUUAAUAGUCUUCACUGCAUCCAUCAGAUUACCAAGAUUAUCUCAACCUAAUAGCGUCGUCUUUGAUGAGGUUCAUUUCGGUAAAUUCGCUUCCUAUUACAUCAAGGGAGAAUUCUUUAUGGACGUGCAUCCUCCAUUAGCCAAAAUGUUAUAUGCUGGUGUCGCUGCCCUUGCCGGAUUCAAAGGUGAUUUCUUAUUUCCAGAAAUCGGUGCUCUAUAUCCAAAGGACGUCCCAUAUGUAGUUAUGAGAACGUUCUCAGCUGCAUUGGGUUCAUGUACCGUCAUCUUAUUAUAUUUAACCUUACGUGCUUCCGGUGUUAGAUCUUGGAUCGCCUUCGUUUGUGGGUUAUGUUUUGCCAUUGAAAAUUCAUAUGUUACUAUCUCUCGUUAUAUCCUUUUGGAUUCUCCUUUGAUUUUCUUCAUCGCAGCCUCUGCAUAUGCCUUUAAGAAAUAUGAAACUUAUCAUUCCUUCUCAAUUGGAUCCCUUAAAACUUUGAUCGCUACUGGGCUUUGCCUUGGUAUGGCUGCCUCUUCCAAAUGGGUGGGUUUGUUUACCAUCGCUUGGAUCGGUCUACUUUGUAUUUGGAGAUUAUGGUUCAUGGUCGGUGAUUUAUCUAAAUCGGUUAAAUCUGUCUUUAUGAUUGCCAUAAUGAAAUUAGUAUGUUUAUUAGGUAUCCCGACAAUCUUAUAUCUUUUAUUUUUCCAAGUCCAUUUCCAAAGUUUACGUUUCGAAGGUGAUGGAUCAAGUUUCUUAUCAUCUGAAUUUAGAUCAGCUUUGAUUGGUAAUACAAUCCCUCAAAAUAUGGUGUAUGAUGUAGGUGUUGGUUCUAUGGUCACAUUACGCCAUACGGGGACUAUGGGUGGUUAUUUACAUUCUCAUCAGCAUAAUUAUCCAGUUGGCUCUGAACAACAACAAAUUACUCUAUAUCCACAUUUAGAUUUCAAUAAUGAAUGGAUCAUUGAAAGUAAUAAUGCACCAGGUGUUACUUUUAAAUCCUUCCAUAACUUAUCCGAUGGUACUGUUAUUAAAUUAUUACAUCCGGGUACCCAAUGUAGAUUACAUUCUCAUGAUCAUAAGGCUCCUGUAUCCGAAAACAGUGAUUGGCAAAAGGAAGUUUCUUGUUAUGGUUACCCAGGUUUCACUGGUGACGGUAAUGAUGAUUGGAUCAUUGAAAUUGAUAAAUCAAAAUCUGUUCCAGGUGAAGCUCAAGAACGUAUCAUUGCCAUCAACACUAAAUUCAGAUUAAAACAUGCUUUAUCGGGUUGUUAUUUGUUCUCUCAUGAAACUAAAUUACCUGAAUGGGGGUUCCAACAACAAGAAGUCACAUGUGCUCAUUCAGGUAAGGCUUAUUUAACUCUUUGGUACAUUGAAGGUAGUGAAAAUCCAUUAUUGCCAGAAGAUACUAAACGUAUUUCUUACAAGGCGCCAUCAUUCUUACAAAAAUUCAUCGAAUCUCAUCAAAAAAUGUGGCAUAUCAACAGUAAUUUAGUUGAACCUCAUUAUUUCGAAUCGUUACCAACCUCAUGGCCUUUAUUAAGCCGUGGUAUCAGUUAUUGGGGUGAUGAUACCCAUCACAAGACUGUUUACCUAUUGGGUAACGCCAUCGUAUGGUGGUCCGUAUCUGCAUUUAUUGUCGUAUUUGCCAUUGUUGUUCUUUAUGAGUUGAUAUCAUGGCAAGUCGGUAAGAGUAUCUUACAAGAUUCAAACGUUGUCAAUUUCCAUGUUCAGGUCAUCCACUAUUUAUUAGGUUUUGCCAUUCAUUUCGCUCCAUCAUUCUUAAUGAAACGUCAAAUGUUCUUACAUCAUUAUUUACCAGCUUAUUAUUUCGGUGUCUUGGCUUUGGGUCACGCAUUAGAUAUUACAUGUACCCAUGUCUUAAAGAGAAAGAAGACUUUCGCCUAUAUAUUUUUAGGUGUGUUUUUCUGCGCUUCAUAUUAUUUCUUUAACAAUCAUACAGCAAUCAUCUACGGUGAUGAAUGGACAAAAGAAGCCUGUAAAAGUUCAAGAUGGGUUUCAACAUGGGAUUACAACUGUGACAUCUUCUUGGAUAAAUACGAAGAUUAUGCCACCUUAGAAUUGGAAACUGAAGAGACUCCAUUGCGAACAAUGCCGUAUCCAACCCUGUCUUCUGAAUCAUCGCCAGUAAUUGAAAUCAAUAAAAACGUUGUUGAAUUAGAAGCUGAAAAAGUUGAACGUCAAAAACCAAGUGAUGCUCCCCCAGUUCCAGGCAAAGAAACGUACGAUGAUAUAAUGAAGCAGCCAGGUGCAAAAAUUUUCAAGGAUCAAUAUGGUAAUAGUAUUGAUCCAGAUGUUGCUAAACAAUGGUUACAACAAGAAGGUGGAUCUAUCCUAAGAGUGGAGAAGAAAACUGUCAAGACAAAACUACCAAAAAACUAA